AUGUCCUGGUCUUUCGCACAUCAUGUAAUAUUCGACGGCGCUCCAGGGUUUAGAAACGGUUCGGAUUCGGGGCUUCUGUCUGUCAAUUUAAUUUAUUCGAGAGAAGACAAAGCUGCCAACGACGAAGACGAUUACGAGGACAAUGAGAACUAUAACGGCGGAUACAUACAGGUGAUUCCCAACGAAAGCGACGUGAAGGUCGGCACGGUGGCCACCGCGUUCUCGAGCCAGGAGAUCAGGGACAGCAUGUCCUCGGUUGCCACGGACGACAAUUAUGUUAAUGUGGACGAUCCGAGUAAAGCCAGGGCUGCAAGCAGCUGUGCCAAUGACGACAAUUAUGUAAAUGUGGGGGAUCAAAGUGAGUCGGAAGAUACGAGGCUCAGUGAAUGUUUAGAAUACGUGAACGUGGAAGAUUCAGGGAAACAUUCUUCCAGCGACAGCGAAGACGAACACGACUAUGAAAAUGUUGAAAGCAGAAAAUCUUUAAGGUCACAAAGACAUAGCAGCCGAUGAGUGAACGAUUUGCCGCGUGGAGCUCGGACCCCGAGUCUUAUCCUGAGAGAAGCCGCAGGACCGGUGCCAAUUCUGCUGUGAGGUCCGCUUUCCGUCCCCCCCCCCCGUGCCCUUUCUAAAAACAUUCUCGUGCUUCGGAUCUUCACCAAUUCAUCUUUAAUACUUGUCACGAAAGUCCUUCAUUUAUUUUUUAUCAUUAUUAUUAUUAUUAUUUUUAAAUUCUGGAAUUUUUGAAGGAUUUUUAAUGUCACGGAGCUGGGGAGACGAUCCUCAUCCUUUUAAUAAUAAUAGGAUUUUUUUUUAUUUUUUUUUGGCGCCGUACUGGUGCCGAGAGGUUUUUUUGGCUACGGCACACGCUCAGCCGUUUAUCGCUUUGUAUUCGCUGAGCAAGAAGAGAAACCACAGCUUCCUGUGACAUUUAGAGGGAACACGAGACAAUCGGGGUAAAAAAAAUAGAA